UGCAACUAUUGGCAGAGAGAGUGAGAAUGCAUCCUGAAGUGUAUGAGGCUGCAAAGUCAGGAGAUUUUGAUCACUUGAAGAAAAUAAUUUCAGGAAAUGAAGAGGACCUUUUGCACCAAACAACGCCAGAGGAGGACCUUUUGCACCAAACAACGCCAGAGGAGAACAACAUUCUUCACGUUGCGGCCCAAUACAAGCAGGUAAAGUUGAUUAAAGAUCUUCUUCAAUGUCCAUUAGGACCGUUCCUUCUUUGGCAGGGUAACAAAAAAGGAGACACUCCCCUACACAUAGCUGCUAAAGUAGGCAUUUGUGAAGCAAUUCGAGUUUUCACUAAUCUGACGAAAUCACUUGAUUGGGUUGUUGAGAACGGACAAGUUGACGCAUGCAAAGAGCUACUUCGAAAGCCAAAUUCAUAUAAGGAUACAGCUCUACACUAUGCAGUAAGAGGAGGCCAUCAUUCGGUGGUGCAGUUGCUGAUUGAAGAAGAUCCUCAACUGUGCAAUAUAACUAAUGCUGCUGACGAGUCCCCGCUUUAUCUUGCAGUAGAUCGAGGACUUUCUCGUAUCACUGAGCUGAUUUUAGGUGCUUUCUCGUUGUCAUCCUCUCAUAAGGGCCCUAAGGGAUUGACAGCUCUGCAUGUCAUACUCGAUCGCUCAAGAACCAGUUGGUUGAAAAUCUUGGAGAAGAGACCAGAAGUGAUCAGAGAAGGAGAUGAUUUGGGGUGGACUCCUCUUCAUUAUGCGGCUUGCUAUGGCAAAGUCGAAGUAGUUCGACUGCUCUUGCAACAUGAUACUUCUGUGGUGUACGUCUUAGACAAAGAGGGGGAAUCCGCCCUUCAUAUUGCAGCGUUUAUGGGCCACGUCGAUGUCAUUGACGAGCUUGUUAGAUCCCGUCCUGAUGCUUGUGACAUAACAAACGUCAAAGGGCAUACGGCUCUUCAUGCAGCUAUUAUCGAAGGACAAGUAAAUGUAGUCAAGUACAUACUAGGGAAGCCAAACCUGGAGGAUCUUGUCAACAAGCAAGACACCGAUGGAAAUACGCCUCUGCAUAUGGCUACGCUUCAUAAAAAAUACAACGUCAUAUACAUACUCGCACAAGACAAGAGGGUGCACCGUUUGGCCACAAAUAAGGAUCAUUUGACUGCCCUUGACAUUUUUUGUGCUCAUAAGGAGAUGGGCUACAGAGCUGCAAAAGUUCAUCAUCUCUUGGAAGGAUCAAAUGGAAUCCCGUUUUGUCAAGACUGGGUUAUUGAACGUGUUAAGAAGAGGUUAGACAAUCGAUUUGCCGAGGGUCAACCGGCCGUGUCCAUGACCACAGGAAGUGAUACCGUCAACCAAGAAAAUUUUAAUUCGUCAAAGAAAGGCUUUAUCGACCUUCAACUAUUAGUGGCAGGGCUGAUAGCCACAGUGACCUUCUCCGCGGCCUUCACGAUGCCGGGAGGUUGUAACAGCGACGGACCCAACCCUGGAAUGGCGACUCUUGCUGGCAGGGCAGGUUUCAAAGCCUUUGUGAUAUCUAACACUACUGCAUUCAGUUUCUCCAUCCUGGCAUUAUUCUUACAGUAUGAUACUUCUUCAUUGAGCUAUUGCCAACAGGCAAGAUACGCCCGCACCGCAGGACGUUGCAUUUACGCUGCGAUACUCGGGAUGGUGCUAGCCUUUGGUUGUGGUACGUAUGUGGUGUUGACCAGAACCAUCGGGCUUGGAAUCAUCCCUUAUGUCUUGUUUGGUUGUCUCAUGAUUAUUUACGCUAUUGGUGCUUUCCUUGACCCUCACACUCGUUUCAAUCGGCUACGUCGCCCUCCCGGAAGAUACCUACGAAACUUGUUGUUUGAUUAUGGAAUACUCUAGGAAAGCUGCUAGUAAGUUGGGCCGGUUCUACAGUCCCAUGU